AUGUUGGAUUAUUAUAUUUUCAUUUUAGAGGCAGAUGAUUUCGAAGAAGUAAUAAUACCAGAUGUGAAGAAAAAUCUGACCAAGACGCGUGACUUUGGUAAAACGCCAAUGAAACCUCCCGGCAGGUCUAUGUCAAGAAAACAUCGUAUAAUGAAAAAAGACGAUGCGCAUGCCAAUGAUAAGAAUAUCGAUGGAAAUGUCGUAGAUUAUGACAAAGACAAUGAUAUUACUGAGGAUAUGGCAGAUAGACCUGAGGAAGUUAGGGAUGAUCUAUCUAUCUAUCUAUCUAUCUAUCUAAACAGUGACAGUGAAACUCGAGAAAUUCCAAAUGAUACACAAUCCAUGCCACUAUUAACUAAAUAUACCAGUGACCUUAGUAAUCCCAGUAGUCCAGCUAGUGAAUGUAAGUCAGUGGAGGAUCUAUUUGACGAAGAUUACAUAGAGUCUCCAAAAACAACUCAGGAAAGUCAAGUGACGUCAGCGUCGGAAGGUGCGUCGGAUUUAAGCAAUGAGGCUACUGAUGUUCCUGCCUUGUGCAAUGCUUCUCAAACCUCAUUGGAACGAUGUGAAAACCGUGAACAAAUUGAGGAAACACCGCAUAUAAAAGCAGGGAAUAAACACCAAGAAAACGACGUUAUAUCGAAACCAGAAGACGUAGACUGUAGUCCUGAUAGGGUAGCUUGUGGUUCGACACAAGCCACAGAAGAAACAUGUAAAGAAGGAAAUGAAAUUAUUAACAUAGAGGAAUGUUCAGAUGACUUUGAUAACCGAAUUUCUGCGCACAAUCUUGAAGUGGACGAAGAUGGGAAAUCCGUAAUUUGGAUGAGGUAA